AUGACCUGGAUGUUUGUCGUUGGAUUGCCGUUUAUAUCGCAAGCAUAUUUCUCCCUUCAAUCAAACGUAAUUCCUGCGUCAGCUCAUCCUCUACGUGGCGCCGAUUUUAUUUCCCUCGCUUUGAUCGCAGGCUCCUUGGCGCUCGAAGUCACAGCGGACAGGCAGAAAUCCACGUGGCGCUACGACAAACAGGAAAACAAUCUUUCAUUUCCAAGGGAAGCCAGAGUCGUCAUCCAAAGUUCAUACGUCGCGUAUAGUAGCUAUGUGGGCGUACUCGGCAUCUGGACUGGAAUGUUCGAUCUCGCCGCAUUCUCUGGCGCACUACUUGUCUCUGUAUUAGUUGCAACCGCGGCAAGUCCUCUUUUGACCUGUGUUCUGCUUCGACACGCGUCAGGCGUUCCUCCUCUCGAGCGCGCCGCAGAAACAAGGUUGGGCGACAAUAAGAAAUGGCAGGAGUAUAAGAGUCCAUUGGCGACGGCGAGCAUACCGUUGGCGUCGGGGGGUUUCUCGUUGCAUUUCUUUUCCCUUCCGUUGGAUUGGAACAUGCUGCUGACGGUCUCAAUUUUUCGCUUCCGUUGGCAUUGGGACGUGUGGCUGGCAGACUGCCGGUUCCGAGAAUCCGGUCCCGUUGGAUUGGCUUUGUCGAAGCACCUUCUGGUCUUCUGA